UUCUUAAAAAUCACAAAUAUUGUAAAAAAGCUUCUAAAAAUGGGAAAAAUAUUCUCCAGUACUUUCAGAAAGCCUUCCAAGACUGAGGCUGAGACAAUUUCUGUUGGUGACGAUGAAGUUGAUCAGGGGGUUGAGCAAUAUAUAGCGGUUGCAGUCGAAGAGGCUUCAGUAAGUGAUACUUGUUCUAACCCUCUGGAGAGUAUUAUAAAUGAGCAGUUUUUGUCAGAUGUCGCAAUAGAAAAUAUGGUUGACCAGUCUGUUGAGAUAAUUAUUCCGAUCGUUGAAGAGGAGUCAACAAUUGAGAAUAGUGAAGAUUUAGUUGCACAGUCUAUUGCUAAAACUUCUUCGGAGGCAACAAAUACUUGUUCCAACUCUGGGGAGAGUAAUCUUAAUAAGUAUAGUGAAGUAACAGAAAAUGAUGUGGGUUCCAGUUUUAAGUUUGGUAGUAGAAAAAGAAAGGCUCACGGUCCGGUACUCGCAUCAGAGGUUAUAGAGAAGCUUAAAAAAAUUCGAAGUCAAGAUGUUGUACCUAAUACUGUACCCGAUACUGUACCUAAUACUGUACCCGAUACUCUACCUAAUGCUGUACCUAAUAAUAAAAAUGAGAAAAAAUGAAACUCAAUUUGAAAGAGUGUGCAAAAAUUUCAAAAAAUUUGAAAAUAGCUCCCACGAACACAUCAU